AUGGCAACUACUGGCGAUGGGGAAGACGCUCCCUUUGUGCCCUUCACCACGGCCGAACGGAUUCAGCAGCUCGGCGAAGUCGAUGAGAGUAUUGUCAGCCUCCUCAGGACGGUAGGCGCCGCAAUACAGAGUCUUGGCAAAAAGGAUGCUGGCAACGGCGACGUGGUUAUGAAUGCCGGCAAUGAGGACUCGGAUGACGACGAGACCGGCGAAGACGCCGCCUUCAAACACCACAUGAAUGACUUUCUACGAACACUGCGUUCGGUCAACGUCAGAAUGAAGCGCCAGAUCUGGGGACUCGAGGAGGCGGGGAUCAUCAAGUCGAGCGACGCCAAUGCGGCGGACACGACGGAUGAGAAUGGCAAAACCCUGGAGCCAGACGGCAAUGGUAAGAUCGGCGGCAUGGACGUCGGCUGGCUCAACAGCCGGAGCAACAAGGUGGAAAGGGACAUGGAGUCGGAGCUGUGGGACCAGGCCGAAGCCUUUCUCCGUGGCAUGCUCAAGAAGGACGGCGCCGGCGCGGGAGAAGAUUCGAAGAUGGACUAA